AUGGCUUCCAAGUUUUCUUCUUCCUCCUCCUCCUCCUCCUACGCCAAACGACGAGUAGUCCCCUCCGUUCUCUAUCUAAUUAUUCUCUCUCUAUUCUUCCUAUGCCUAAUUAUCUCGUUUAACUUUCGUCCCACCAAGUCAAAUAAUUGCGCUACCAUUCGAAACCAACAGGUUAUCAAGAAUGAAACCAAGAACGAAAGAAAGAACGUAGAUUGGUUCGUUGCCAUUUCCAAGCUAUUCAAAAUCAAGGGUAGAAAAAUUAAGGUAGGUUUGGUCAACGUAGAUGAACACAUUCAUAGUCAGCUCCAUGGACUAUCGGAUGCAGAGGCAGUCUCAGUAGCAUUCGAACGCGUAGCUAGGGAUCGGAAAUGGAAGGACUAUUUUCCCGAAUGGAUAGAUGAAGACGAGAAAUGGGGGAAGCCGAAGUGUCCGGAAAUCCCAAUUCCUAAGCUGGAGCAUUACGAGGGCAUAGAUGUGGUACUGGCCAAGGUUCCCUGUGGACCAAAUGGGACGAGUGACAGGGAAGGGAUUAGAGAUGUGUUUAGGUUACAAGUUAACUUGAUGGUGGCUAAUCUAGUGGUGGGUAAAGGGUGGAUGAAGCCCGAUGCUCAUCGGACGGUAUACACUGUGUUUAUCGGGGAUUGUGGACCAAUGGUGGAGAUUUUCAGAUGUGAUGAUCUUUUGAUGCAUAGAGGGAAUUAUUGGGUUUAUAGGCCUAAUAUUGGGAGAUUGAAACAAAUUGUGCAUAUGCCUGUUGGAUCUUGCCAAGUUGCCUCAGGUUAUGUGGAAGCAGGCAGAGAAAUCUGGAGAAAAUUCAUGUUAGAAACAAGCUCAUGGAUUCCAUACGAGGGACGUAGACUUGCCUAUGUGACAAUCCUGCACUCCUCAGAAGCCUAUGUGUGUGGUGCAAUAGCCCUAGCUCGAAGCAUCAGGCAAACCAACUCCACCAAAGACCUAGUCCUUCUUGCAGAUGACUUCAUCACUCCCAAAUCCAUCCAAGGCCUAACCGCGGCAGGAUGGAAGAUCAAGCGAAUCCAGAGAAUCCGAAGCGCAUUUGCUAAAAAAGGGUCGUACAACGAAUGGAACUACAGCAAACUCCGCGUGUGGCAGCUCACGGAGUAUGACAAGGUUAUUUUCAUUGACGCGGAUCUUCUGGUCCUCAAGAACAUAGAUAGUUUCUUCGUGCACCAACAGUUGUCAGCCGUGGGGAAUAACCGGGUGUUGUUCAACUCCGGCUUGAUGGUUGUGGAGCCAUCGAACUGCAUGUUCGAAUACCUAAUGCAAAAAACAUCCAAACUCGAGUCUUACAACGGCGGCGAUCAGGGCUUUUUGAAUGAGAUUUUUACUUGGUGGCAUAGGUUGCCUUGGAGGCUAAAUGCACUAAAAUGUUUCCAUGGAUCAAAAGGUGCAAAUCAUGAGAUGGCUGAGGACCUUUAUGCAAUACAUUACUUGGGGCUCAAGCCUUGGGCGUGUUACAGAGAUUAUGACUGCAACUGGGAAGGGUCUGAAAGAAGCGUUUUCGCGAGCGAUUUGGCUCACGAGAAAUGGUGGAAAGUGUAUGAUCAGAUGCCACUGAAGCUGAAAUCUUACUGUGGUUUGACGAAGAAGAUGGAUGAAAAUUUGAAGACGAGGAGAGUGAAGGCAGCUAAGGCUAAUUAUUCUGAUGGACAUUGGAAAAUUGUGAUUAAGGACCCCAGACAACAUCAUUUGUAUACAUAG